AGGGACGAUAUUUCACGGCAAUAAUAGAAUCGCGAUCGGAAGCGACGUUUCUGGUACCACCGGAAAUUAGUCUUUCAAGAGACGUUCGUUUUUCAUCUAAUGUUGGACAAAGUAAUCUUAUAACGUUAUGAAAACUAAAUACGAAAACAAUGUUGAAGCAAAUGUAUUAUUGCGACUCGCUGAACUGUCACAAAAAUUUAUGUGUCGCCCCAGCUCGAUAAUUUACCUCUCGGUCAUAAAAUCAUAAAAUUCGUACGAUUUUCAUCAAUUUUUGUUGCUCGGACGGAAAUACAUGUUUUGUCGAUCUUCUUCAAAGAUUUAUUUCUGUUAUUUGCACUGUGAACAGGCAUGUCGAGUGACUCUUGUGAUAAAAUCUUCGUUUGAGAGUCGGUGUAGCGAUUCCGAGUAUGUGUUUUGUCAACAAAGACGCCUGGACGGACCGCGUAUGCGAGGGUUAAACAAAAGGAUUCCGCACCUUUUCGUUGCUCCAGUUUACAUAACAGGCGUGAGUUCGUUCUUUAUUAUCGGGCAUUUUUAUACCCUUCGUGAUAGCUAUCGAAGGCUCGAGUCAUUGGUAUUUCGAGCUACGCGAGCUACUAGAUUAUAGAAUUGGGACAACAGAAGGGCGUAAAUGGUGAAAAUAAACGUGCUAAAAUGACGGAACCGCGGUCUUCCGUUCGCUGCGUUACGAUAGAUAACUACAUAAUUGAUGAAUCGAGGGCCACGUGUGUCAAUCGAGCUUCCUUUUAGUUCAUAACGGAUUAGAGAACUAUAUACUAAAUUUCGAGCACCAUGCGAACACUGUUUAUUAUUUUAAUGUUCGCUCUCGCGAUCCACGAGAUUCAAUGUGUCGAUUCGGAAGAACCUGAGUGCAAGGAUUCAACUAAAACUACUUCGAAACGCCUCUCGGAUCACCUGUUUUGUGAAUACAACUCCUUCAUAAGACCGACUGUAAAAGAUCGCGAAUCGACUCGCGUAGAUAUUCAUAUGACGCCCCAGUACGUCGAAUUCUCGGAGGAAGACAAUAUCCUGCAUUUUCACGCUUGGGUGUCACUGAGUUGGCCCGAUGCCCAUCUCACGUGGGAGCCUUCCACAUGGGACAAUAUAAAAGAGUUGCACGCUUGGAGUUACGAGAUUUGGAAGCCGGAUUUGACGGUUUUCAAUGGUGGGGAAUUUUCUGAACACAACUGGGACAUGUCAUACACCGAUUGCCUAGUCAGUUUCAAUGGCACAGUAGUCUGCGUCCUACCAACGAAAUAUUCGAGCCACUGUCCGACCGAUUACACCGAAUGGCCUUUCGACAAGCACAACUGUUCGAUGCAACUAGGCGCUUGGACUUUUUAUCGCAACGAGAUUGUUCUCAAUUUUCCAUCGGAUGGUAUCACGAUGAGCUCAUUCGUCGCAAAUAAACAAUGGGACAUCCACAUUGAACGUGGAGAACGUGAUUACAAUUCAGGACCGGAUGGCGAAGGCGAAUUGACGAUACUCGUCCACAUUAUUCUCCAAAGACAUGCCAUCAGACUCGCCAUGGUUUACAUUUUACCUGCUAUCGUUUUCAUGGUGUUAACGCUCAUAGUGUUGUGGCUCGAUUCGCAAUCGCUCGAAAGGAUUCUCGUUGCUUGCGUCAAUUGCAUUUGCCACAUUAUUGGACUCUUCGAUUUGCAUUGGUACUUCCCGAUAUCAGGGUCUGAAACGACCCCGAAAAUACUGUUUUUUUACGAGGUUUCGAUAGGACUGGCGUCGUCGGCACUCGUUAUAACUUGCUUGCUUCGAAAAUUACGAGCAAUGAAUGUGUCAGCGCCGAUGUGGUUGAUGUCACUGACGACAGUCGUGCUGAAUUCUCCAGUUGGUACGCUGCUGAAAAUGAAUGUUUUGGAGCGAAAAAAAGAUGCUUCGAUCCUUGAAGAAAACGAGGGCAACGGAUCGAUUGCUGAGGGCACGAGAGAUCGAACGUGGCAGGAAUUUGCAAUGAUUCUCGAAUGGUUCACUUUCCUUCUAUGUUUUCUCAUUUAUCUUAUCAUGCUGAUGAUUGUUUUGCCACCAGGAACCCCGAAAAAACUUCCUGCCAACUAUUGGUUCCGUUAAAAUUCAAAAUCGUCGAGCAGAAUGACCAUUAUUAUCGAUUUUCUUUUCUUUAUUUUAAUAAAUUUGUGGCGAAAACGUAUUGACGGAAAAUAAAUUUGAUCAUAUCCAAAAACUAA